GCAGAAAGACCCACCUGCGUUCUGUUUCCGUCUGCAUCGGUGUCUUUCCCUCUUGCUCGUAUACGACGCGCAACGACCAUCGGACCUUGACCAGGACCAGUCCUUGUGCUGCAAAGAUGUCGAUGUUCAAGCUGAACAAGCCGCUGUCGCAGGUCUCGCUCAUCUUCGCGUGCGGGACCGCGCUGUUCUCGGACGGGUACGCGAACAACAUCAUCGGGAGCGUCACCACUUGCAUGAGGCGAACCUAUGGCGCGGACAGGGUCAACGCGCACUCCUUCCCGACCGUGUUGUCGUCCCUCACGUUCGCGGGCACGGUCGUCGGCAUGCUCACCUUUGGCUACCUUUCCGACAAGAUGGGCCGUAAAUUUGGCAUGAUGACCGCGACGGGCAUCGUCGCCUUCUUCUCCGCGCUCUCCGCCGGCUCGAGCGGCACCAAUUUGCACGGGCUAGUCGCCAUGCUCGCUGUCUGUCGUUUCUUCCUCGGUAUCGGCGUCGGCGCGGAGUACCCUUGCGGGUCCGUCGCGGCGAGCGAACAGAGCGAGGAACCCGGGAUCGCGAAGAACGCGCAGCACCGCUGGUUCGCGCUCGCGACGAACACGAUGAUCGACGUUGGUUUCGUCGUCGGCGCCUUCGUCCCGCUCGUGCUCUGGUGGAUCUUCGGCGACAACCACCUCCGCGCGGUGUGGAGGCUCUCGCUCGGGCUCGGCGUCAUCCCAGCGCUUGCGGUGUUCGUGUGGCGUCUGCGGAUGGAGGAGCCCACGCGCUACAAGGAGAGCUCGAUCACGCGCGGUCGCAUCCCGUACUUCCUCAUCCUCAAGCGCUACUGGAAGGGCCUUCUCGGCGUCUGCAUCUCCUGGUUCCUGUACGACUUUAUCGUCUACCCCUUUGGCCUCUACUCGUCCACCAUCACCGACAACAUUACCGGCGGCGACUCCCGGCUCAGCGUCGUCUUCGGUUGGUCUGUCGUCAUCAACUUGUUCUACAUUCCGGGCACCGUCGGCGGCGCGUUCCUCGUUGACUACCUGGGCCCGAAGAACACGAUGAUCUUCGGGCUCAUCAUGCAGGCCAUCAUCGGCUUCAUCAUGAGCGGCGCCUACCAAGCGCUCACCAAGCACAUCGCCGCCUUCGCCGUCGUCUACGGCAUCUUCCUCUCCUUCGGCGAGGUCGGCCCCGGUAACUGCCUCGGCAUGCUCGCGGCGAAGUCGGGCCCGACCGCCGUCCGUGGCCAAUACUAUGGCUUCGCCGCUGCCGUGGGCAAGAUCGGCGCGUUCGUCGGGACGUGGGUGUUCCCCCCCAUGAUCAAGGCCUUCGGCGGCUCGGGCACCGCGCGCGGCAAUACCGGCCCCUUCUGGGUCGGCUCCGGCCUCGCGAUCUUCUCCGCCCUCGUCGUGUUCUUCCUCAUCAAGCCGCUCACGCACGACGGCAUGGUUGCCGAGGACAUCGCGUUCCGCGAGUACCUCGAGGCGCACGGGUACGACACCUCGCUCAUGGGUCUCGGCGGCUCGUCCGACUCGCUCGCGCCCCAGUCCGACGCGCCGUCGAUCGUGGACGAGAAGGCGGCGCCGGAGAAGGUGUCGGAGAAGGCGGUUUGAGCGAGCGGGGGCGUCCGCACGCAUACCCAGGCGUCAAAAAAAACUGAUUAUUUAAGUAAUGUUGUAAUGACGGUCACGUCUUUCUUGCUACGGAUGGUAGAUCGGUGUUGUGUUAUAAUUUCAUGCUGUGCGCUCGAGCAAUAUAGCGACGUAUGCUCGUCAUCUU